AUGCUCGCCAGCAAACUCCAAGAGCCUCGCGGGCCAUUGUCGCCCGCGAUACCCGUCGUGGUCUGCGGAAAGAUGGAGCAGGUCGGUGGCAAAGUCAUCGCCGGUCUGAUGCCGGAAUACGACGCACAAUCUGGUGACUGGAUUGACACUAACACCUCUCCAAAAGUCAUCCACUUCGUCACGUCGCCUGCUUCGGGCGCCGUGAUCCUCCCCGCCCUCCUCGCCUCCCGACCCUUACCCUCCCAUCCGGACACCAGCACGAUCGGAAGCGGCAACUACGCCGCCGCCCCUCGCGCCGUGAUUCUCGGCGGCGCCUUCGACGACGCCGCGACGGCAGUUCUUCAGGAGGCGGUCGCCGACGCGCGGGCGCGGGCGUCGGCGGACGUGCGGACGGUCCCCUGGCUGAGGCAGGACUCGAGCAAGCCGGCGCCGCCGCGGGGAGGGCCUGGGUACGGCGAGGCCAUAGUCGCGAGGGUGAGGAAGGCACUGGCGAGGCUGGAGGGGGAGGGGAAGCUCGAUGGGAACUAUGGAGGGGACGAGUGGUACUGA